GCAAAAAGAAUUCUCCUCGUUAGAUGAUCCAGUCUCUGUCAUGAUUUAAUGGCUAGGAGAAUCGAGAAAGAAAAGAGCGUAACAAUUUAACUUCUCCAUCUAACAAAUUAAUAUUUUUUCUGGUUGUUGAUUUUUAAAUAUUAAAAAAAGAAAAGACUUUUGGAUUAGAAGAUAAAAUAGGAAUACAGAAAGGGGGGCAGGAAAACACCAGAGGAAAGGGAAGGGAGAGAGAGACACCGUCACUCCGGACACGUAAAGAAGUUCUGGGGAUGUCAUUCAUGGUGGUAUCCGUAAGGUCGUCCCACCUCAUCAUCCGUGGACAUGGAGCUAUGCUGUCGCACCGUCUUCCUCACCAUCGUUCUGCCACUUUCCUCCGAUGGGGGUUGACGAAAGACCGAGAUGUGGGCUUGGUGAGCAGCAGAACCAAGGGCCAAGCAUUUCGCCUUCUGGCCAAUCCUAAUGUGUCUCCAGGGAAAGGAGGUCCACCUAAUGAAGUGAUUAUGGUUGAUCCUUUGGAGGCCAAACGAUUAGCUGCCAAGCAACUGCAGAAAAUUCGAGCAAAAGAGAAAUUCAAGAGAAGGCGGCAAAUUGAAGCAAUUAAUGGAGCCUGGGCAAUGAUUGGUAUCACAGCAGGUUUGCUUGUUGAAGGUCAGACUGGCAAAGGUAUUCUGGCCCAGCUGGCUGGCUAUUGGUCCACAAUUGUCAGUCUUUUUGUGCGAUAGAUUCUCUCUGCUUGGUGGAAGUAUGAGAAAUUGCAGAUUCAUUCUUGAACUAUUCUUUUGAAAUUCAACCUGUAAGAUAAUUAAAUAGUGUGUAUAUUUCAUUUAUCAGCUCUCAUGUUAAUCUUCUUUUUUUUGGCUUUUUCUUCCCCAUGGACAACCUGUGUGACUGUUCUAUGUUCAAUUUCUGCUUUCUUUGUCAUCUUCCUCGAAAUAAGGAAGUUCAAUUUCAAGAUGCUUAUUUUGGUA